GAGAAAAUCUUCAGACAAGAUAACCAGAAACCCAAAAUCCACGAAAAUCAAGCCCUAUGGCCACAGCAAUCUCCCCCUUGGCGGUCUUCUCCGCCGCCGCCGCAUCCUCCACCACAACCGCUCAAAAACCGCCGCAAACUCCGCCACUAUCUAGGCUCCAUCUACCUACUCUCCAAUCUAAGCCCCUACUCCCCGCAUUAGCCGCCCACGCCUCCGCCAUCGCCGUAGCCGCGAUCCUGAGCACUGCUUCGCCGUCACUGGCCGACACCGGCGCCGCUUUCAACGUCUACUACGGCACCGCUGCCAGCGCUGCCAACUACGGCGGCUACGGCGGCAACGCCAGCAAGAAAGACACGGCGGAGUACGUGUACGACGUGCCGGACGGCUGGAAGGAGCGAUUGGUAUCGAAGGUCGAAAAAGGAACUAAUGGAACGGACAGCGAAUUUUACAAUCCGAAGAAGCGAUCGGAGAAAGAAUACCUAACUUUCCUGGCCGGAAUCCGGCAAUUGGCGCCGAAGGACGUGAUUCUGAACAACCUAGCGCUAUCGGACGUGAAUUUGCAGGAUCAGAUCGCGAGCGCCGAUAGUGUCUCGUCGGAGGAGAAGAAGGACGAGAACGGACAAGUUUAUUAUGUGUACGAGAUCGACGGCUCCGGAGCUCACAGUUUGAUAUCGGUGACUUGUGCGAAGAACAAGCUGUACGCGCAUUUCGUUAACGCGCCGACGCCGGAGUGGAACCGGGACCGGGAGUUGCUCCGGCAUGUGCACGAGUCGUUCAAGACGAUCGGAUCGUAUUAGGGCUUGUUUGUCGCCGGAAAUUUGAUCGGAGAGAGCUUCAUCGCCGGGUACGAACUACGAAUUGAUUGUUAUGUGCUUUGUUCUUGAAUGGUGGAAAUCUCGUUUCUCUGCUCUGUUUUCAGAAUUUCGUCGCGAAUUUCUGUUAUCAGGAACUGAAAAUUUUAUGAUCUGGAGGAUGAUUUAAUGCUGUAAAUCGAUUAAAAGAAGAAAAAAAAAUCUGAGCUGAUUAUCGGAUUUAAA